UAGAAGGCAGGCGAACCGGAAAAUCCAGCUUUGCGUAACUUCGGAGCGAAAGGUUGCUUUUCUCGAUUCGAUAGAAACAGCGGGGACUUCCUGUCUUUCUUUAUUGAUUUACCAGAAGCAUCUUGGAAAACGUUUGUCAGACAUUACACCGUUUUAUUUGUUUUCAAAUCAUCUUGAAUCAUGGCAACACUGGAGCCCCACUCUGUUUUUUACUUUCGUUUUCUUCCACUCUCUGUAUCAACGUAAUCGACUCUGGACAUGUAAAGGAAGUCGCUAUUUUCCCGUUGACAUAGCCUCUGAUCCUGGGGGAAAAAAACAAUCGGCCAUGGAUGCAGGGAAUGGCCUCGUCCCCGCGCAAAAUCAGCCGGACAUUGAGUUACUCCGAAAAGACGAAGAAAGAGAGGAAGAAAGCGAGCUUCUGCAGAGUAUAACCUCCCCUCCCGUUGCGGAGACAACCAGCUUAAAAGUAUGUUCUUCAAUUGUUUUUUGGAAAUGCAAACUCUGGAUGGUUAUAACAUCUGCUUUUCUAUUGUUGAUCCUUGUGACCAUUUUAAGUUUAAUUUUGUAUUCAGAGACUUACAUAGAUGAAGAUGAAUAUUGGGAUCCUGAAUUAAUUGCAGGUGGUAAACAACACAAUUUCUCAGGAGUAGUAAAUAUUAAUUGUCCAAAUCCUAAUGCGCUUCUCUCAGAAUCUGCAUAUGAUAUAUUUUCUAAAAAUCUUAAUAAGAGGCUUAAAGAUGUAUACAGUUAUUCACCUGCAUUGGGGCGAUAUUUUAUCUCAGCUGAAGUUAUUUCCUUCAGCGGAGAAAACAAUACAGCAUCAUAUUACUUGCAGUUCUUGGUGCCACCUGAGAGUGAUGACUUCAUGAAGUAUAGGAUGAAUAAAGACUUUGUAAUGAAUAUUUUAAGACAAGAUAUAUAUGGCCAGCAACGUAUUUCUGACUUGGAUAUACCUGAAUGUACAAAUGUAAUACUUGAUCCAUCUUCUGUUACAAUAACAUAAAUGUAGAUAGUCAAUACAGGAGGAAGAACUGAAUGGAGAUUUCAAGAGUGACUUUGGAGGAUUCCUCUGAUCAUCUUGUGAAUUUUUUAUAUUGCAACAGCAGGAAAAUAUGACUGUAUCAAGCAAUUAUACAUGAUGACAGCUUUAGGUGAUGGGAACGAACUACCUAUCUUACAAAUUCAAAUUUAGAACAACAGUGUACUCAUUGAACAGCAACCAUAGCACAAAUGACAUUUGUAAUAUACUACAAGAAAUUGAAACAACAACUUUGUAAGAGGAGAAAUGUUCCAGAUGUCAGAUAAGUAAAACCCUAUUCAGCAUAAAUCCUUAGUUUUGGUGAAAUAGGAGGAAGGACAUUUUUCUGAUUAUUUUGAGAUCUAGUUAGGCUUGUACAAAAAAUAUAAUAUUUUUUUUAAAAAACAGCAGACCCACAAUUGUAUAGAAACGUUGCUUUUAUUAUUGCUUAUUAUUUUUGAUACAGUGUAGAUUGCUUUGAGAGUGUUGGCUUUAACCGACUAAUAAAUCAUAACAAAAUUGAUAAUUAGUCACACUAAUUCUAAUAUGGAAAAUACAUGUAGGGAUGGACAAAUCUGACAGUUUUACUUUAUUUUAUAUACAUUGUGAUAUUACAAUGACUGAAUGAAAAAACCUGCACAUUUUGGUAAUUCCCUAGCAAAUAUAGCUAACAAUAUAUCUCCAAACAAUAUAAUUCUCAAUCCUUUCUACCAGACAAGCUAUUUCUUCAUGGGAAGGGCCUCUUUUAUCUGCUUCCCUAUUACUGUUAAAGAUGAAGAGCUUGGCUUACCAUUUUUUUAAAGUGAAAACUAAUUCAGCAAUAUAAGUAUGAUUGAAUAUACACAAGCAAUUAAAGCCUGAAGCAGUUAAAGCCUUCUGCUAGGAUUGACAAAAUUGUUAGUUUUGCUUUUGAAUUUUAGAUGCCAUUUUGGUUACAACUUUCCAAAACUGGAAAAUUUCUUCAUUGAAAGAUAAAGUAUACACUGAUUUGAUGUUUUUCUGCAGCAUUUUUUUUAAUUAAAUGAUAUUUUACCUUUUUAUUAAAAAAAUGCAAACUUUGGAAAGCACUUAUUAAAAAAGUCAUCUAAAAUUUAGUUAUGCCCUUGGCUGCUGUAUGCUGCUGUAUUUGAAAUCCAAAGACACAUGGAAAGGGUUUUAGGGAGUACUGGUUGCCUGCUAAAGCAUGUGGCAUUGUGACCAAAUUCAACAUUCCUAGAAAAGGGCAAAGUUGCCUUGCUACCUUAGGGUUGCACUCCUGAGGAUUGCCAAAAUCUCUCAAUCCAUGUUCAGGAUUGAAUCUAGGCAUACCCUCAAACUGCAAACAUCUAUCUCUAAGAGAGGAUUCCACAUAGAAUUCUUACUUGUUGGGUUGACACUGCAAGAGUUGUUUUAACUGGCAAUGCAGCAUUUAUCUCCUCCAAAGUAGGAUUGGGUCUCCACUGUGCAAUCCCAUCAUCCUUGCACCUGAAAAUGUCAAUAGUUUAAGUCCCCUGCACCAAAGAAAAAAAAAUUGGCUACAUAGUAAACAGAACUGUUUUCCCCAAUCACUUGAAUGUUGCUUGAAUCUUUCCCUCCACACCCACACCCCAUAUGUGUUUUGUAUUUCUGUUCCUUUUGCUGUUCCCAACAUUGUGUAUCUCUUCCCAGCCAUUGUUGAAAUGAUAUAAAGCCUGUCUUCACUUCUGUUAUAUCAGCCCAGAAAUCUUUGGAUGACACAAUUCAUUGCUGGUGAGAAACUGGCUUCUUUGCUUUUCCUGUCUCAUAGUUUAUGCCCCCUCUCAUAUCUCCUCAGAUUAGCACACUCAAAGUAGACUUUGAAUCUUUUUUUUCAAUAAAGCUACGGACAAACCCUC